AUGGGAGGAAGAGGGCCGAGCACGUGCCGGCUGCAGAGAGCCAAUAAAAGAGAGGAAGCAGAAGGGACAGGGGGAGUGGAGAGGAGAGAGGGGGAGGAGGGGAAAGAGGGAGCAGAGAGGAGAAGGGGAGUGGAGAGGAUAAGGGAAGCGGAGGGGAGAAGGAGAGUGGAGGAGGGGCGAGGGGUGCGGGGGCAGCACGGAAGCACAGGAGGUGCUGGUCGCCCGACAUUCAUCAGCGCUUUGUCGAAGCACUGGAGUCUCUGGGCGGCUGUCAUGGUGCGUGCGAUGAUGUAUAGACAUGUGUGCGUCUGUGCGUGCGAUGAUGGGGCAAGGGAUGGAGGGGGAGCAGGGGGGCCUCGGAAGCACAGGAGGUGCUGGUCGCCCGACAUCCAUCAGCGCUUCGUCGAAGCACUGGAGUCGCUGGGCGGAUGCCAUGUGGCCACACCGAAGCAGAUCAACGCACUGAUGAAGGUGGAUGGGCUCACCAACGACGAGAUCAAGAGCCACCUGCAGAAAUACCGCCUGCAGUCCCGUCGCCCCCCCUCAGACCCCCCUUGGCCCUCCACCCCCCACUGUGCCUCCCCCUCAAUCUGCUCCUCCCCCUUCUCCGCCGCUGCUGCUAGCACCCUCCCCCUCGCUUCCCUUCCCCCAUCUACCUCAUCCUCUCACUACAUCAGUCACCCCCAACCUUUCCACCUAACAGCACCAAAUGCACCUCCAGCUUCUGCAGCAGCUCUGGCAUCAGCGGCAGCAUCAGCGGCGGCAUCAGCCGCUGCUACUGGCCCUUCGGCUCAACUGCUUGUGCUGGGUGGCAUUCUGGUGCCGUCGUUGCAAUCAGGAGCUGCACAGCAAUGCUGGGCAGCAACAGCCUAA